GCCACUGCCGCACUUGCUUCCUACCAGAAUCUUCGUCUCAGCCAGACUCGAGCUGAACACCGUUAGAGCUGAUACCGGACACGAUGUGCAAACACGUCCUCAACGCGCAGGUCGCGAUCCGCGCGCCAUGCUGCAAGCAGUGGUUCGAUUGCGCCGAGUGCCACGCCGAGACGCAGGAUCACAAGCUAACGAAGACGACGGAGAUGGUGUUCAUGUGCAAGAAGUGCAAGAAGGCGUUUCGCAAGGACAUGUCGAACUAUGACGAGAGCGACGAGUACUGCCCGCAUUGCGAUAACCAUUACGUCAUCGAUGCGAAGAUAGCGCAACCUAUGCUGGCAGUGGAGGGCGAUGACGCUAGAAUCGACGCUCGCAUGUUGAAGGACGAGAGGGCCAAGCAGGAUCCGUCACGCUCCCUCUUCGCGCAAACCUUCACAGACCGACUCGGAUGACCAUUCAUGCUGUUCGUCGCCUCAUUGCACCGUACCUUCGAUCUUGUUCCGCU